AUGGAAUCUUCAGUCUCCCACAACAUGCCUCCGAUCAAUCUGACGGAAGGCGCGGUUGCGAUGCUCGCCAACGGCCAGGCUCAGGAGUCUAGCUUCAAGCCGGUGCUGCAAGUCACCAGCAUACGGCUGAUCAACCCUCAGAAUCAGAACAACGCCGCCGUGGAGAGGUACCGCAUUUUGCUCUCAGACGGCACUUUCUUUCAGCAGAGCAUGCUCGCUACCCAGUGCAAUGACUUGGUGCGGUCUGAGAAGAUGCAGAAAGGCUCCAUCAUCCGGUUGAUGCAGUACGUCUGUAACGUUGUCCAGAACAAAAGGAUUAUCAUCGCGGUUGAUCUAGAAGUGAUUGUUGAGAAAUGUGACCUUAUUGGAGAUCCAAUGCAAUAUCCAACUGAUGGGAGUGUUCCUUCAGUCGUGAGAUCACCCGCACCACGUCCAGCAAUGAAUAACCUUGUUGGUGGAAACUCUCCUCCAUAUAGUGUUGGUACAGCCAUGAAUAGUUCAGCCGCAAGGUCUACUAUGGGUGGUGGAAUUCAUGCUCCACUUUCAGGGGAAAACCGAAUUGCAGGACAACAUUCUUACUCUGGUUCUUUUUCGGGAAAUCCCAGAACAGAAACUGUUUCUGGAAUGUCGCGACCUCCUUCAAGUAGUUAUGGCCGCACUCCCCACUCAUAUCAGCAGCCACCUCCAAUGUAUGCUAACAGAGGUCCAAUCUCCAAGAACGAAGCUCCUGCAAGAAUCAUACCUAUUGCGGCCCUGAAUCCGUAUCAGGGAAGGUGGACAAUCAAGGCGAGAGUAACAGCAAAGGGUGAUCUCAGGCUUUACAACAAUGCUAGGGGUGAAGGUAAAGUGUUCUCAUUCGACCUUCUUGAUUCUGAUGGUGGAGAAAUAAGGGUAACAUGCUUCAAUGCUGUGGCGGAUCAAUAUUAUGAUCAAAUUGAGCCUGGCCGAGUUUAUAUGAUCUCGAGGGGGGCUCUGAAACCAGCUCAGAAAACCUUUAAUCACCUCCGUAAUGACCAUGAGAUUUUGCUGGACAAUAAUUCUACUGUGCAACCAUGCUUUGAUGAUGAUAAUUCCAUCCCACAGCAGCAGUUUUGUUUCCGGCCCAUAAGCGAUAUUGAAGGCCUAGACAACAACAGUGUAGUUGAUGUGAUUGCAGUUGUUUCGUCUAUCAGCCCUUCGAGCUCAAUUAUGAGAAAAAAUGGCACCGAGACCCUAAAGAGAACCCUCCAGCUGAAGGACAUGUCCGGGAGGAGUGUCGAGUUGACUUUGUGGGGAAAUUUUUGCAGUGCUGAGGGACAAACACUUCAGAGCAUGUGUGAUUCCGGAGUCUUUCCUGUUCUGGCUGUGAAAGCCGGCCGAGUUAAUGAUUUCAAUGGUAAAUCAGUGGGGACCAUCUCCACGAGCCAGUUGUUCAUAGAGCCCGAUUUUCCUGAAGCUCACAAACUCAAAGCAUGGUUUGCCAACGACGGAAAGAGUACCCCAGCUAUAUCCAUAUCCAGGGAAUCAAGUAUGGUGCGGACAGAUGCUCGGAAAACAAUAUCUCAGAUUAAAGAUGAAAAGCUAGGGACUUUGGAGAAGCCAGAUUGGAUCACGGUCUCUGCCACCCUAACUUACAUCAAAGUCGAUAACUUUUGCUACACCGCUUGUCCUCUAAUGAUUGGAGACCGGCAGUGCAAUAAAAAGGUCACGAAUAACGGGGACGGGAAAUGGAGAUGCGAUAGGUGUGACCAGUUAGUCGAUGAGUGCGACUAUAGAUACAUCCUCCAAAUGCAAAUCCAGGAUCACACGGGCUUGACCUGGGUCACUGCCUUUCAGGAGAGUGCAGGAGAAAUGUUGGGCAUAUCUGCAAAAGAGCUGUACUACAUGAAGUACGAAGAACAGGAGGAUGAGAAAUUUACUGAGCUGAUUCGUAAUGUGCUCUUCAACAAGUUCCAGUUCAAAUUAAAGGUGAAGGAAGAGAUAUUCAGCGAUGAGCAGCGGGUGAAGUCAACAGUGGUGAAGGCCGAAAAGGUGAACUUCCAAACAGAAACCAGGUAUCUGCUUGACAUGAUUUAUAAUUUGAAAGAGGACAGCUCGGGCUCCGUACAGCACAAAAAUGAGAGUGUUAUCACAACACCAGCAGCUACCAGCAUGGGUUAUAGUGGAGGAAUAAAUAACAAUGUGAGUAGGCAAGGUGGUGUAGGUGCAAGUCAGAUGGGUCCUUAUGGCAAUAAUAAUGGUAGUCAAUAUGGUGGUGGCUCAAGAUAUAAUUCAACUGGCUCUGCUGGUGGGUUUAUGAGUUGUAAUAGCUGCGGCGGCACAGGGCAUACUACUGCUAAUUGCCCAAGUGUGGUGAGUGGUUCUGAUAAAUCGUAUGGAGGUGGUUUUGGCAAUACUAAGUUGACAACUGGGAGUGGGGGUGUGUCUGGUGAGUGUUACAAAUGCCAUCAGAUGGGACAUUGGGCAAGGGAUUGUCCAGGGACGGGCAACAGUGGUAUGUCAGCAUAUGGUGGUAGUAAUGUGAACCCUGGGGCAGGUGGUGGGGGUGCCUCUGGUGACUGUUUCAAAUGCCAUCAGGUGGGGCAUUGGGCGAGGGAUUGCCCUGGGACGGGCAAUACUGGUGACUCAGCAUAUAGUGGCAGUAAUGUGGGCCCUGGGAGAUAUGGAAUGCCACCUAAGCAGCACGUGGGUGGGUUUUGA